AUGUCUGUCAUGGGAGACUAUAGCUCUUCGGAGCUGACAGUGACUGUCCUUGGGUGCGGAACCAUGGGUAUCGCCAUCCUCAACGGCAUCCUUACCUCCCUCGUGGAGAUGCAGGCCCCCAGACCUCUCCAGACUCUCCAUACGCCCUCACCAUCGGGCACUUCAACCCCCUUGUAUGAUGAGGUUCCCCACCGUCUCCCCUCGCGCUUCAUUGCCUGCGUCCGCCGCCCGGAGAGCGCCAAGAAGGUCAAGAAGGCCCUCUGGGAGCACUCCUCCAUCCUCAAGGUUGUCCAGAACGACAACGUCAACUCCGUUCAGCAAUCCGAGGUCAUCAUCCUUGCCUGUAAGCCUUACAUGGUUAAGGACGUCCUCAGCGAGCCUGGCAUGGCCCGGGCUCUCCACGGCAAGCUGCUCAUCAGCAUCUGCGCCGGCCUCACCGAGACUCACCUGGAAGAGAUCCUCCACGGCGCCGUGCCGACCAAGAAUCCCGAAGAGGACGGUCGGUGCCGCGUCAUUCGCGCUCUGCCCAACACCGCCUCGCUCAUCCGUGAGAGCAUGACCGUCAUCGGCGCCCCGACGUACCCGCUGCCUGCCCAGACAGCGAGCCUCGUUACCUGGAUCUUCAAGCGCAUCGGUGAUGUCGUCUACCUGCCCGCCAACAAUAUGGACGUCAGCACUGCUCUAUGCGGCUCCGGCCCGGCCUUCUUUUCGCUGGUCCUUGAAGCUGCCAUCGAUGGCGCUGUGGCCAUGGGCCUCCCCCGUGUCGAGGCCCAGAGGAUGGCUGCUCAGACUAUGAAGGGCGCCGCAUGCUUGGUCCAGAACGGUGACCACCCGGCCCUGCUGCGGGACAAGGUCACCACGCCUGGCGGCUGUACGAUUGGAGGGCUGUUGGUGCUCGAGGAGGGUCGUGUCAGAGGCACCGUUGCGCGUGCUGUGCGUGAGGCGACCGUCGUUGCCAGCCAGCUUGGUCAGGGUGUUCAGGGAGUCAACGGCACUCGUUUCCCCCCGCAAUCAGGAUACACCCAAUACUCAGCCGGUUUCUGA